CCCCCCGUUUUACUCACACAGCUGAGAGAAAAGAGGGAGCCAGUGGAAAAAAAAAAAAGAAGCGACCUCAGCCCUACCUCAGAACAAGCAGCGGCACCGGGAAGCGCCGUCUCUUUGUUCACUUAACUGGGCUUUGACUACCAAUAAAAAAGUGACAUUUCAACGUUUUGUUCACUCAUGCCAUCCCGGAAGUAUAUCGAAAUGGACCCUCGCGGGAACAAGUCUGCCGAUCAGUGCGGGGCUAAGCGGAGGAGGCACGAUACCGCCGAGCAGCCCAGCAGAUGCUCUCCCACUCUGGAGUACACGGACCUGGAAGCCGCCGAGGCGCUGGUGUGCAUGAGCUCCUGGGGCCACUUUGUCGGCGGCAACAGGCCCAACCCAUGCAAGCCUCGACCCCUGACCCCGGCCUCGGAUUCAUGCGACUCCAUCCUGCCGCCCGAGGUGUCGGAGUCCCCGAAAGACUUUGUGUCCCUUUCUUCUUUGUGUAUGACUCCGCCUCACAGCCCCAGCUUUGCCGAGUCGACGUCCUCCGGCGGCGGCGCUCCCUCGCAAUGCUCCGUCGCCAAGAGCCCGCCCUCGCUCGCCCCUCCCUGCAGGUCCAUGGCGACGAGCGUCAUCCGCCACACGGCAGACAGCUCCCUCUGCCAAUACCACAUUCCAGUGACCCCCAAUAUAGAAAAGGCGGUGGCAGCCUGCCAGCAGCAGCAGAGCAUCACACCUCCAUCUCCUCCUCUUUCUAGUACAACCUUAACAAAAGAGGCUGGUCCCCCUAAACCCGCUUUGGACAAUUUCUCCGCACCCAUUACUGGUAACAGCCGUCAACAGCAAAACAGCCCUCCCGCUCAGGCGAGCCUGACCCCGCCCCCGGUUACCAGCCCUCAAAUCAUCUGCCAGAUGUUCCCCUUUAACAGCCAGUCAGGUAUCAUAUCCGCCUUAAUCCCCAGCGCGGUCCAGACGUCCUCCGCCGGUACCCGGACCGCGUCCACGCCCAUUCUCCCCCAGCCCACCGCCACCAACUCCGCCGCGGUGCAGCAGCCCCUCAUCGUGGGCUCGGCGGUUCCUCAGGGCACGGUGAUGCUGGUCCUCCCCCAGUCCUCGGUCCCCCAGGCCCCGCACGCCCCUCAGACUGUCAUGACGCUGGGCAACACCAAACUGCUCCCUCUGGCCCCGGCGCCGGUGUACGUGCCGACGGGGUCCGCCGGCGGCACGGCCGCCACCAAGAUGGACUUCUCCCGCCGGAGAAACUACGUUUGCAACUUCCCCGGCUGCAGGAAGACUUACUUCAAGAGCUCACAUCUCAAGGCUCAUCUUCGCACGCACACAGGUGAAAAGCCGUUUAGCUGUAGCUGGGAAGGCUGCGACAAAAGGUUCGCCCGCUCCGACGAGCUCUCCCGCCACCGACGGACGCACACCGGCGAAAAGAAGUUCGUGUGCCCCGUGUGCGACCGGCGAUUCAUGCGCAGCGACCACCUCACCAAACACGCCCGGCGCCACAUGACCACCAAGAAAAUUCCCACCUGGCAGGCCGACGUUCGGAAUCUGAACAAGAUGGCCGCCGGCAAAAACCCUCCCGCCAAGCCCGGCCUGGCCACAAUAAGCAUGCUGGUACCUGCCGGCUCUCAAUAGGCGAGGAACACUUAACUAACGCAGGGAGCGGCCCGGCACCGACGGCCGUCUUGACUCAUGGAAAUAAAAUUUAAAACAAAAACAAAAAAAAAACAUGCACUGGACCUUUACAUCUCUACUGCUCAUUUGUACAUUUACACAAAAGAAUUGUUUUUGUUGAAUGAAUGCACUCUUUGCCAAAGCCUUUGUACGACUUCGAAUUUGGUAUUCUCCACCCUUUCCGCAACAUUUUUUAUUUGUUGUGAGUCACAUAUGUGAAUGUAUUGUUGUGUGUCCUAUUUCAGGAAAGUCUUGAUAUAUAUAUAAACAAUGUAAAUAUUCAUAUGUACUCAACAUUACUAUGAUUAUACGUUUAUGAUUACUGCAUACCUCUAUGUUUAACUUUCAUAUUAUUUAAUACAUAUUUGUAAUUAAAAAGACGACACAUUUACUGUUCAUUGUAUCUUUGUUG